AUGAGUUCCUUCCUCAUGAACGGUGGAUACCAGCCACAGCCAGAUCCAAAGUUUCCACCCUCCGAAGAAUACAGUCAAGCGGACUAUAUCCCACCAGGCGAAUACUAUCAACAUCAACAUUUGCAAUACGGCUACCAACAUCAAUAUGCUCCUGUCCAAAUCGGUACAGGAUAUGGAUAUGGAGGGUACUAUCAUCCAUUACCACAGCACCCACCUGUCGCACCACCUCCGCGACCCCCUGAACCUUCACAUCCAUCUGAUGCUGACCAUGGCUACGUUCCUCAUAGUGCUGAAGUCGCACCGGGGCUUGCGGAACUUGGGCUACGCUUAGAAAGGCAUAUUGAAGAAGCGGCUCCAGCAGGUCGUAAAUUACAUGCACUGGGCCGUGAAGGCUCACCAGCUUCAGAAAUGGAUGACGAAAGACUACUUUUAGAAAGUCCACCAGUGGAAGAUGAUGACUCCUCUAUAUGCUCGGACAACACAGAUAGAGUCAUUUAUCCGUGGAUGAAGAAGAUUCAUGUAGCUGGGGCAUCUAACGGCACGUUUCAACCAGGAAUGGAGCCGAAACGUCAAAGAACGGCGUAUACUAGACACCAAAUAUUAGAACUGGAGAAAGAGUUCCACUACAAUCGUUACUUGACACGAAGAAGAAGAAUAGAAAUAGCCCACACUCUAGUCUUGUCGGAAAGACAAAUCAAAAUAUGGUUUCAAAACCGACGGAUGAAAUGGAAAAAGGAUAACAAAUUACCCAAUACCAAAAAUGUUAGAAGAAAAACGAAUCCAGCCGGCAUCACGACGACAACGACGAAAGGAGCCACACCAAAGAGUAGAUCAAGUAAGAAUACAAAUAACAACGAUAAGAAGAAAUCAAAUAACAAUGGACGGCCAGAUAGCAUAGAGAAUGUUACUGAUAAUAUUAUGAAUGACUUACACUGCGUCGGAGCGCAGAAUUUAUCGCAUGAUCCUGCGCUUAGUCCCAUGACUCAUCCGGGUAAUCAAAUGACUCCGGGUCAUCCCAUGACAGCUCAUCAUUUGCAUAUGAUGGGUAUGCAUUCAGGCAUGGAUACAAGCAUGGUUGCCAAUCUAUCAACUCAUGGAUCUCCAGUUGGUAAUUCUGGUUGUGGCACAGGCAUCAGUUCGGUAAAUCCGCCUGUAAUCAAAUCUGACUAUGGACUUACUGCCUUAUAA